AUGGCACUCCUUUUCGCAACUGCUGUCGUUGUUCUGUUAGUCUCCUGCCACAUCAUCCUGGUCGGAGUGGAAGUCAAAGGCCAUGCCCAAAUACAGGCGACCGUGUUGGAGAAGGUUCCCGCCUUGUUCAUGCCGCUUCGAGAUCCGAGGUUGGAUGAACAAUUGGAGAACCUGUCAAUAUCGCUCAAUCUCUGGGGCGCACGAGCAUUCAUUCAUUCUCAGAUAUGUAUCUUGGCCACGCUCCUUUUCUAUGCUUGCAUAGCUCCAACUCUAUGCUCCUUGUCUCGGGUUCUGCUUUUCGGCCUUCUGUAUGCGCACAGCCUUGAGAUGAUUUUAAAGGGCUCCCGUCUGUCGGCCUGGAGGACUGCCAUGGUGCCAUUGGUGAUAAUAUUUCUUGCCGAUUCCUGGAGCAAGAGCCUGGGUCAUGGCUACGGCUUGUUCGAGACCUUCGUUGCCAAUGGUCAGCGGUGCUUGUGUUCGACAGCUCUCAUCGCACUAGUCGAACAGCUAGCUCGAGCCAUGGUUGUAUCUGAACUCGACGCCCGGGAAGCUUUGGAGGCCUUCAGAAGCAUCGUUCGAUGCUCUAUGGAUGCAGACGUAAUGCUUGACAGCCAGUUUCAGAUGCGAGACCGACCAACGAGAUUGGAGUUGCUUCUUCACCGCCAGGAUGAAAUGACGGGGAUGUCCUUUUUGGAUUUGCAUCCAGACGACACCGCCACCCAUGAGUUCCUCAACCUAGCGGAGAAGAGCGUUGAACAAGCCACCUCUGGCAAGAAGGUCGCCCCAGUGGCUCGCUUGGGCUUGAAACGGGCCUCUGGUGGCUUGGUUCGAGGAGACAUGUACAUGGACCCUCCGAUUUCAUUAACAUCUAGCCGGGAGAUUGUCGACGUCAGCUUAUUCCUGGAUGGGCAGACCGAGUGGUUUGACAUUAAAGAGGAGGCUGUGUGGAGCGCGCUCGGUACGGAUAUUGCGUUCGUCCCACAGGGCCUUGGUCCUUUGCAUGUUCGCAUGCCAGAGAUCCUGCCAGAGGGAAAUGGGGGAACCUUGUCCCUUCUUGCCAGAAGCUCGCAGCUUAGACUGGUCCAGGGGGCGAACAUGAAUCAAGAUGGAUCGGACCUCUCGGUGCAGCCCGUCUAUCUCUGCCUGCAGCUCUACAACUUCGCCCAGCUGGACCAUCGUGGCCGCCCGUUAGAUCUUGGGGGCGUUUCUGAGUUCAGUUCCAUGCAGUCAGAAGCCUCGGAGUACUGA